ACACUUUGUCUUUAAAAUCUCAAGUAGUUUAAGAAAGAAAAAAUACAUCAAUAUGAGCUCUCAUGCAAAAAGGUUAGUAAUUUUCACUGUUCUUAUUUUCGCUAUCAUCUCCGCUGAUGUUGCAGACGCUACCCUUCGUCAUAUCAUGAAUCUCAGAUCGAAUAAGGGUAUCAAGGAGGGUAAUGAAAUAAAGGAGAGGGAGCUUCUGGAGUUUCACCUUGACUACGCAAGAACCGGAGCAAAUCAAGAUCAUGAACCAGGGAAAGGAAGACCUUAAUCCAACUUAAUUAUUCAUAACUAAAAUAAUGAGCUUCAUUAACUCUACUACUCUCUCACGAAUAAGCGUCUUUACGUUUAAAGUAUCUAUAUUUACAUAAUAUGAUGUAAUAUAAUAGGCCAAGCUUUUGGACAGGGUUAAAGUUGCAUGUAAAACAUAUGUAUCAGCUUAUGCAUGCAUGCAUAUGAAUCUAAGUUCUACUAUAUAUGUACUAUUUUAAGUGCGAAGGAAAGUACUAUAAAUUUCGGAUGAUUUUGUAUAUUUUACUCUUCUAAUGAUUAAA